UUUACACAAAGCAUGGGCUCCAUUCUUAUUUGUUAAAAUAAAUAGAAAGGGGGUGGAUAAUUAUAUGGUUUUCGGCCAUCGGGCGACGUCUAUUCAGUGCUGGGCAUCGGUACAAAUGCGCGUGCCAAUCUUCUCGCGCCCCAUGCGCGUUCUGGCUUGAAGAGAGAGAACACUUAGUUCGUUUGAGUCCGGCUGUGCGUGCAGGAGGCGGAACCGAACACUUCACAUCCCACUUUUGCGAGGAUUACUAGGACAAUCUAGUGGGAAGCACAUGACAGUGAGACAGCCGGGAGGAAAGGCGGUGAGACGAGCAGCGGGACAGACAGACAGACAGACAGAGGAGGAGGCAGCACAUCCGUGGAGGGCAGAGCUGCGUGAAGACAUUUGGAGUUGCUGGAGAGACUGGCACCUCGCGGACCUCCAGAAGAAAUUAAAAGUCAAAGGCAGCUCCUUUUGCACAUUCCAAGAAUAACCUGAGCAGACAUGAGCGAGGAUAAACCGGCUGAGAAUGUGGACUCCCCCCCAGUGGAGGUGAAUGCCAUCCCCAAUGGGAAAGGCCAUGAAGGUGGGGAGGAGGUCCCAACGCUGGCAAAAACCCCACCAGCAGAGGACUGUGGAAAUGCUUGUAAGGAAACUGUCGCCAAUAGUGCCCAGAGUGCUAGUCCUCACAGAACCGAAAAUGCAGACCCCAACCUUCCAGAGAGCCAGGAGUUCUUGUCAGGUGCUGAUGACAAGAAGACGACGCGCUUUACAGAUUUUGAAGGAAAAACCUCAUUUGGGAUGUCUGUCUUCAACUUGGGCAAUGCAAUUAUGGGAAGUGGAAUUCUAGGACUUGCAUAUGCAAUGGCCAACACAGGAGUCGUCUUGUUUCUGGUUCUCCUGACAGUGGUAGCAGUCCUUUCGUCAUACUCCAUCCAUUUACUGCUAAAGUCAUCUGGUAUUGUAGGUAUUCGUGCGUAUGAGCAGCUCGGCUACAGGGCUUUUGGGACACCAGGGAAGAUGGCGGCAGGGAUUGCGAUCACGCUGCAGAACAUAGGAGCCAUGUCCAGUUACCUUUACAUAGUCAAGUAUGAGUUUCCUUUGGUCAUCCAGGCAUUCCUGAAGGUGGACAAACCUGCUGGAGAAUGGUACCUGAAUGGAAACUACCUGGUCAUCAUCGUUUCUAUAGCGGUCAUAUUACCUCUGGCUCUCAUGAAACAACUGGGAUAUCUGGGAUACACCAGUGGCUUUUCCCUCAGCUGCAUGGUUUUCUUUCUUGUUUCUGUCAUCUACAAGAAGUUCAAUAUCCCCUGUCCCUUUGUGGACUUUGCAUUUAACAGCACCGCCAGUGAGAUGAACGUGAGUGCCAUUGACUCUGGCGGGGAGAUCGACCCCUCCUGUAUUCCCAAGAUGGCAAACCUCAACUCCCAAACGGCCUACACCAUCCCCAUCCUGGCGUUCGCCUUUGUGUGCCACCCUGAGGUCCUGCCCAUCUACACAGAGUUGCGCAAUCCCAAUAAGAAAAAGAUGCAGCAUGUGGCCAACAUCUCCAUUGCGGUCAUGUACAUCAUGUACUUCCUGGCUGCUCUUUUUGGAUACUUGACAUUCUAUGGUGAAGUGGAGGCGGAGCUGCUUCACACCUACAGCCGCAUUGACCCCUAUGACAAUCUGAUUCUCUGCGUACGUGUGGCUGUGCUCACUGCAGUUACACUAACAGUACCGAUCGUGCUCUUCCCAGUACGGAGAGCGAUCCAGCAGAUGAUGUUUCCCAACAAAACCUUCAACUGGCCUCGCCACAUCGCCAUCGCCUUCAGUCUUCUCACGUUCAUCAACCUUUUAGUUAUUUUUGCUCCCAACAUCCUGGGCAUUUUUGGGGUCAUUGGUGCCACAUCUGCCCCCUGUCUCAUCUUUAUAUUUCCUGCCAUCUUCUACAUCCGCAUUGUACCCAAAGAAGAGGAGCCCCUGCGGUCUGUUCCCAAAAUCCUGGCUGCCUGUUUUGCCGGGAUCGGCUUCUUGUUUAUGAUCAUGAGUCUCAGCUUCAUCAUCAUGGACUGGACCUCUGGCACCAGUAAAGCCAGCAGUGGUCAUUAAGCACCUUGAAUUCUCUGUUCAGGUUUCCUACUUCAGACUUUGAUUUGUGUUGUAAUGUUUUUGUUUCCAUUCAUCCAUGCCCCGCCUCUGUCUCAUUAGAGAACAUCGGCCUCGGAGACUGAAACUCCUUGAGGCUCCAUCCUGUCGUGUGAUGUAAUUUCAGAUCGGGGCUAGUAAAGUUUCUUGGAAUGCCUGUUGGGAGUUCAGUCAGAGGCCAGUUGUGUUGGGAUUGAUGGUGACAGUCUAAGGUUGUGCCUUGUGAUCUAAAACCCAAAAGCAACAAUGUAGAAACCUUGAAUCCCGCUCUGUGGUAAACAUUUGGCUCCUGUCACUGUCCGUGCUGCCCUGUCCUUUUAACCAAUGAAUGAAAUGUCUUCAUUUGUGUCCUCUUGAACUUCUUUGUCCUGUCGUUGGACUUUGUUGAAAUGUCUGCCUACCUACCUUAUCCCACUCCGUUUAGCUGCUGAAGAACGUGCUUCUAAACGUUACUGUGCAGGUGUGAAGACAUGCAGCUGGAGAAGUUUAGCAGUUUAGGCGCAAAGACUUAUUUGCUUUAUGGCUUCGAGUUUGAUUCGAGACGGAUGUUUGUCGAUAAAUCUACAGCCCUUCAAUUGUUUGGAAGAUUUAAAGUUAACCUUUUUUCGGUUGUUCACUUUUUAGGUGUUAUUCCACUAUUUUGUGCUGCUACUGAGUGUUUUCUAUCUUGGAGGUUUCAACACUCCCACCUCUCGUUAAGCAGGGUAUAAAACCUAUGAGCACAUUUUUAAUAAGACGUAGUCUUCAAAAACAGCAGAGCUCAUGCAGUACAAGCUAACUCCAACUUCAUGCUCACUGUACUAAUACAUAUUCGAGAAUCUAGGAGCCACGUUUCACUUUAUGGGAAGCCUAAUCCAGGCGCGAGUGACAGAAACGUAGAGAAAUGGUACUGAAAAGCGUGAAGCAGAAGAAAGUCUCUGAUCGGUGUUUUUUUAGUACUGAGGUGUGGUUUUAUGAGGCAUUUCUUUUCCUUUUUCUUUUUUCCUCCAGCAGCGUGACAGAAAACCAAAACAUGUAAAAAGCAACAACAACAGGGUGACUUCUCGAGGUGGUUGGUAUCAGUGCGUUGGUUGUGAAUAUUUCUACCUGGAGCACAAGUUUAAAUCCUAAUAAUACUGACAUGGAUAUGAAAUGUAAAUCAGCUUUUGAGUGGUUAGCAUUAGCACUUUUUCCUUUGACAAGCACAACAUGUGUGUUAUUGAGGUAACAAACGUAUUCGAUAGACCCGACAAGGGCACACCCUCAAAUAGAAGUAGACUUUUAACUGAUUACACAACUGAUUUAGAAAAGUAUUGCUGGUUUUCAAACAUGCCCUUAGCAAAAAGUAGUCUGUUCAAGUGUUCUACAAGUUUACUUAGUUUACUCUAAAAUUGAGGAAGUAUACUUAUUUACAUUUUAUAUACUAUCUAUAUAUUGUAAAACUGAAGUGUUCCAAUUUAGUCUGAGGAAGUAUUCAGUUAGUAUACUUCCUACACAACACACAGAUGGUCUACCACAGCAUACUUGCUAUACUCAAGUAUACUUUAUAAAAUAAACUUCAAGUGUACUUCUUUUUGCUAAGGGUGACUGGAAAUAUUCCUCUAAAAUGAGCUUUCCUGGGAGUUUUUGUGAUCAUCAGUAUGCAACUCUGGCCUCCUUAAAUACAGUGACUAAUUUAUUGGAUGUAAUGUUGGAACUUUUACGUGUGUGUGAUGCCUAUGAAAACACAAAUAAAACCUAAAACUAUGUUGUGUUGAGCUACAGUAUUUUUAUACGUUUGUGUUGUUUAACCCACACUUGUACUGCAUUUGGAUGUGUAGCUGUAGUGUUGGUCAUCUGUCGUUGAUAGAUUAAUUAAAACCUGGAUGUUGAAAAUUAUUUGGCUCAGUUGCAAGAAGAUACUUAUGAUUUGUUAUGUUUGUCUUUUACACUCUGUAGCUGAUCUGUGAUAAAGGUCUUUGCACGUCCGUCUUCCUUGCAGAUACCUGUUAACCUGGAGUUGUUAUUUGUGAGCUGGUGUACUGGAUUGCAUUUGAUUCGUUUUUAAAUGAUAAAUUCUGUUCCAUCAGACGACUGCAAGUAAUCUGUUGCUGCCCGUCUGUCUCAAAUCCUUUCUGUUCAUUACAUUUUUAGGUUUUGUUGUCUUUGCGCGUCUCUGUGAGGAGUAAUCAUCUGAAUCAGCCACUGAAGAGGGACUCUGUGUUUUGGCUUUGUUUAGUGGUUACGUUUAUCUUUGCACAUCCUGUUUCCAGGCUAAACUGCUAGCUCUAUUUCUGUCAUUUGCUACACAGAAUAUCUAAAGUUGCACACACAACAAAAUAUCAUUAAAAGCAAAAUAAACAAAACAGAAGAGCACACGGAGGUGAACUGUGUUUGGUGGCUGAUGCAGAAUGAUCUCCAAGGUCCCGUUUUAUUUAUACCUCUGUUUUAGCCUCCCUCUUUAUUUCAUUGCUGAAAAUGUGUAUCCUUGAAAAAGUAACAUAAAAUAUUGAUAUUGGCCAGUAUUUAUAUAUAAUGUAUAUAAACGUAUACCCUUUAUAUUCUAUAUUCAUAUCUAGUUUGAAUAAUGUAAAUAGCAAAUCAACAUAUAGUUAAAUGAGCAUAUAAGUGUAACAACUUUCAAAGUGCUUUUAAACCUUGUUGUCCUUUAAUUCAUGUCUAUUUUCUUGUACCUCUAUAUAUUUUAAUAUUUGCUGGCAUUUAUUGUGCUGUAACCAGUAUUGCAAUAAAGAUAAUGAGGUAACAAGCUA